AUGAUGAGAGAUCAUCGCCGGCGGAGCCCUGAGAGCUCCCGCCGCCGGCGAAAGGACCGGUACUCACAGCAGCAUUCCAGUGACGCACCCGCACCAGCGCCCGCCAUGGCUCCCACCGCCGGUCCUCUACCUUCCUAUGCCGAACCCAUUCCAAUGCGGACCCGUGCCGGAUCUAGCUCCGGCGCCUCCUCGUCCUCCUCCACUUCCGACUCCCUCCUAAACAUCUCCGCGCCCAGGACCAGCGGCGGCUUCUUUUCCUUUUUCAAGGCCCCGCCACCACGCCGCCGUCGGAGCAGUCGCAAGAAGAAGAAACGCUUCCUGCGCUUCGGCAACUCGAGCUCCUCCUCCGUCGACGACGCCCUAGUGUAUGGCAAGGGCUACAUCCCGCGUGUGCGCGGCGCAGAGCCCUAUGGACGCGACCAUGCGGCUCCUAUUGACCCGACGCGGCCGGUCGGUACCACGAAGCGAGCGCAGACAGAUGAGGAGAUCUUGGAGAUUGGCAGAAAGCUGGCCAAGAUGGCCCGGGAGGAGAACCGCGCCGACCUCGAACGCGCCGGCCGACGACCGCACUCAGGCCUCGUCGCCACGGCUGCUGCCAUCAGCAGCUUCCGCCGCACAGGCACCAAUGACUCUGUGGGCCGCGGACUAGGAUCUUCAAGGCCACAGCGGCACGACGGCUCGUCUGCUGGCGACUCUGACUGGGAGACCUCGGCCUCUGACGACGAGGACGACAGCUCGUUCAGCGACGACGUAGACAGCGGUUUGGCCUACGGCUCCAAUGUUGCUCUGCCGAGCAAGCCUGCGGUUAGCAAGCCAGCUCCAGAGAUUCGGCAUGCGCACCGGAAGAGCACCAUUGUCGAUCCCAACAUGUUCGGCCCUUACAACUCUCUGCGCGGCUAUGUCAAUACGCCUUGCGGGUUCGAUGAUAACCGGCCGAGCAGCUCGCGUCCCUCUGACUCUCGUGUGUUUGACCCGAUACCGCCGAUCGAAAGUGCUUCGAUCGAGGGCCGACCCAUGCAGACGGUGUAUCCUGUCCCGACGUCUGAUCCUGGACGGUUCGACGCUGGACGAGGCUCGACUAUCUCACUCCAGAAUGACAACCGAUCCUCAGCUCGGCCUGAUCCGGUUCCUAUCCAAGCGCCUAAGCCUAUCACGCCGAUACGGAAAAAGGUGUUUGAGGACUCGCGCAUUCUGAACGAGACCCGUGACUCUCAUGACUCCCGCCGCCGAUCGGACGGUCCGUCCUUCUCCGAAGCUGCUGUGGCUGGAGCUGCGGGAGUGGCCGCCGGGGUCGUUGCCGCCAAACUGAAGGAGAGUCAUGACAAGGAAAAGGACCGAAAGAGGGACGAGGACCGCCGCCAACGUGCGAGCCGUGACGAUGUCAAGGCCAACGAUGUGCGUGAUGAUAAGCGCUCAAAGCGGAGCAGCAAGUAUGACGACAAGACCCCUGAGGAGCUCGAGCGCGAGUACCAACGCCUCAUGGAAAAGCAGAAGGAGUUAGAGCGGCGGCAGAAAGAGAAGCGACGCCGGGAUGUUGUCAUUGAAUACGACGGCCCCGAAAAAGGGCAGUCCAAGCCCAAGGAGAAAAACGGUGAGGAUUAUCGCCGAAUCGAAACGUCCCAGUCGUCGGGCUCCAAAGCUCCCAUAGACCCCUUCCAAUUCCAGGUCGACGAAGACGCUUUUGAGACACCCAAAUACGGCACAACUCCGCAACGGCCACUGACGCCCAUGGUCGUCACGGUCGAGCGCGAGCCGGAUUUCACCCGCUUCGAUAAGCUUCCGGUUGACGAGCCAGAUGAGCGUAUGAGCCGCAAGGACUCUUAUGAGCAGGAAUUGCGCAACGCUCGGCAGAUCUACGAGGAGGCCAAGCACACCACUGCUCCCGUCGCGGAGGGCGCUGCUGCCGCUGCGGCGGCCGCCAUGGUCGUGGAGGGUGUCCAGAUGGCGCGAGGCCGUGAGGCGGAACAGAAGCCGGCCCGCGAACAUGAGCCCGCGCCCAAGGAUGCCGUCCAGGCGGCGGCAGACCAGUACUACCGCGAGACCAAGCUUGCGAAGCGGCUCAAAGAAGAGGAGAUCCGGUCGCGCAGCGCCUCUCCCGACCCUUCUGUGGUCGAGAAGUAUCGGGAUGAGUCGCAGGAGCCGGUCAUCCGUAUCGUCACUCCCCCGGCCAUGGAGCACCAUCCGGAAAAGAGCAAGUAUGACGGGCCUAAUGCUGAUGUUCGCAUCGACAAUGUCAUCCAGCCCAAGGAUCUCGUCAAGUACGCUACUCCCAAGCUCGCCCCUCUUUCCCGCAACGAGCCUCUCGCUCCGAUCUUCAGAUCAAGGGAUCCUUCUUGCGAGCGAGACCGCCCACUGCUCAAUCUGGUCAUACCCACUCCAGUCCCGUCCCCCUUGCCAGAAAAACAGGACAGCAGAUCUGCUCCUGUUGAGAAGGAGCCUGUCAAGGAGGCGCCCAAGGAAUCAGAGGAGCCAAGAUCUGCUCCCAGUGUCAUCAUCGGCCCCAAGGGAGAGAUCAUUGAAACGACAGAGACUCCUUCGACCCCAAAGUCUGUUACUUGGGGCGAGAACGAGACCAAGAGUUUCGUGGCGGAAAGCCCCGAGAAGUCCCAGCAACCAGUUCAAGACAGCAAGCCCGCGACCAAAGCAGGUAAGAAAGGUAAGAAGUCCGGCAAGUCCAGUGGCUGGGGCAUCAUCGCGGCCGCCGUCGCCGGUGCCGGCACGGCAGCAGCGGCAUCGGCUGCCGCCAGCGAGGACAAGACGUUCAAUGAUCCGUUUGACGAGGCCAAGUCGGAGCGCAAGUCCGACCACACUGACAGCCGCUCCAUGUCUCCCAAAUCUGUGUCCUCGCGGGCGAUGCCGAUUGAAGGUGACGAUGUCCCCCCCGCGCCUGGGCCGAAGCCGACUAGUCCUCACGCGGUGCCCGGCACGUUUGCUGAUGACAUAGACUUUGCGGCCACUCUGGCGGCUGGCCUGCAGGAGUCUGGCUUCGAUCCUAACAUCGUGAUCGACGACCCCACCUACCACCGGCGGGACUCCCCCCCAGGCUCAAAUCUCCCGCCAGAGACAGCCUACCAGCGGCCCUUUGCCGAGACUGUCACGGACCUCGGUGUGUAUGACGAAGCUCCCAGGGGCGUCGCCGGCCCAGACACUGGCUUCGUCAUCGGCGAGAUCCCAGAGACGCCUGCUGAGGACCGGGACCUCCCUGCGGAGGAGACCGAGACCUUUUCCAAGCUCAGCAAGAAAGACAAGAAGAAGAAGCAAAAGGCCAACAAGCGCGCCAGCGUCGAUGCCAAGGAGUUUGACAGCCUGGCGGAUGAGCCAUCACCAGUUCCGGAACCUGUCUCUGAGCCUGUUUCAGAGCCCGUUGCCGAGCCCCAGGAAGAGACCUUUGAGCCGGCAAAGCUAUCCAAGAAAGAGAAGAAGAAGCGUGCCAAGGCUGCUGAACUUGCCUCCUUUGAGGAAGAAACGCCCUCAGGCCCAGAGACUACUACACCCUCAGAGCCGGCCGAGGUUGUCGACGAGUGGGCGGAGACUCCCUCUUCCAAAAAGAAGAAGAACAAGAAGGGCAAGAACGCAGCUUCUGCCUGGGAAGAGUCCGAACCCAAUACCCCGACUGCAGAGGUGCUUGACCGCUCCUUUGACGAGCCACCGGGUUCUCAGCCCGCGGACACCGGCGAGGCUGACUGGGCCGAGACCACUUCUUCCAAGAAGAAGAAGAAAGGCAAGAAGGGCAAGGCGAAUGCGGCCGCCUGGGAGGAUUCUGAGCCUGCCACGCCCACAGAAGUCUUUGAGCCGGCUGUCGAAGAGCAACCCGAGGCGGAGCCUGAGACGUGGGCUGAGACGCCUUCAUCAUCAAAGAAGAAGGGAAAGAAGGGCAAGAAAUCUGCUUUCUCCUGGGACGACGAGGUUGCCGAGGCGGCCGACCCGGUUACUGGUCUGGUCGAGUCCCCUAUCACUGCUGAGCCCGAGCCGGUUGAGCCUGCCGCGGAAGCCGGCGCCGAUGAGUGGGCCGAGUCUUCGUCCAGCAAGAAGAAGAAGAAGGGCAAGAAGGGCAAACGUGCCAGCGGCGCUUGGGACGACAGUGGUACUGCAACCCCUGUCGAUGACAACCGAGUGUCGGUUCCUGUCGAUGCCUUUGACGACCUGAGCCGUGAGAAGGACGCGCAGCCAGAAGACGACUGGAACAUGCCCAAGAAGUCAAAGAAGAAGUCGAAGCGCGACUCGGCUGUCUUUGACUCGCCGUCCCAGUCCGGGCCGCCUUCCGAAGUCGAGAGCACCACGAGCCGGAAGAGCAAGAAGGGCAAGCGCAAGAGCGGGCAGGUGAACGACUUUGACGUCGGCGAUACAGACGACCCGCCUGAUAAGUGGAAGGAAAGAUUCGAGCCCCUGGAGCGCGACGUGAGCUCCGUCGUCUCCGAGCCCAUGCGCUACAACGACGAGACGGACGAGACCAAGUCCAUCGUCUCCGUCCCCGGCACGGGCAAGGACCGCAUCAAGACGGCCAGCAAGCAGGAGAAGCGCAGCAGUGGCGGCUUCUUCGGCUUGUUCGGCGGCAAAGGGGCCUCAGACAAGACCAACGGCAGCGCCGAGGCGAACGAUGAUCAAGAUGGCAGCAAGCAGUCUUUUUUAGAUAAUGCCGGCACCCUUGGCGCGGGUGUCGGCUUGGCGGGUGUAGCUGCUGCUGCUCUCAUGGGCAGCAGCCAGCUCUCCCGUUCCAAUGCCACCGCCGCCUCCUCGGAAAAGGAGGUCCCCCCAUCAUCGUCGUCGUCGUCGACGCUCGAGUCCGACCCGUUCCGCCAGGAGCGGGAUCUUGUCAUUCUAGACCCGAUCGUCGACCCGGAAAUCGUGCAGAGGGCCAUCAAGCCCGCCAUAGAUCCGCAGUACGGCGACCUGCUCCCUCUGCCCCCCAGCGAGCCUGGCUCACCGACCUCUGAGCUGAGCGACUUCCCCGCUCUGCCUGACAGCCGGCCCGAGACGCCGCCCGAGCACGAGAGGGCCAUGAUCCGCGAGCGGCUGUCCGCGAGGCGCCGCAGCGCGUUCGAGACGCCCGUAAAGUCGCCCAGCCAGACUGCUGUGCCGCUGCAGUUCCGCCUGGGCCAGCAGAGAUCUGUGCCGCCCUCGCCGGGCGUCAUUGGUUCUUCCCCCAUGCAGUCGCCCCACGCUCGUGGCCUGGACACGAGCAGCGCGCAGAGGAGGCUGGCGCGGCCUACCUCCUGGGAUAGCAGUAGGGAGAUCAUGCCGCUCUAUCUGCUUGAGCAUGCGCGCUCGAGCAGCCAGCCGCCGGAGCCGAGCUUGCUGCCUGAGCUGCCUCCCAGCGAGCCUCCUUCAAGAGAGUCGCCUGCUCCGGAGUACGCGACGCCGAGCAGAGGCCUAGGUCUCGAUGCUUUUGACUUGCCCGACACUGGGGACAAGCCGUUCUUGCACAUCGACACUUCGUUGGCGAAUGUCAAUCGGGAGUCGGACCAGCUGGGGUCGCAGGAGACUACGCCAAAGGCAGCAGUCCCGCCUCAGCAGCUUCCCGAGUCUCUGGAUGUCCACGGAUCGAGCGAUGCCGAGAAUAGCGAUGUGUUUGAGGACGCGGCGUCUCAAUUCAACCCCUCUGCGACCCAGAGCCCUGCUUUGCAAAAGGCCGAGCUGGAGACCCCUCAGCAGCAGAGCAUGAUCCUACCUCCUGAGCACGACCUGAUGCCUUCUGUCGAAGACGACACAUUUCAUGACGUGGAGCAGGCCGUCGAGCUCCCCAGCUAUGACAACGUUGCCACCCCGCCCAAGGAGGGUGCUGGACAGGAGCCUGAGCCCGUCGAGCCCAUGUCCAAGGACCGCAGCUCAUAUCUCUUGCACGCGACUCCACCAUCAACGCAAAAAUCUAAAGAUGGUGACACGCUGGGAAGAUCUCCCAGCGAGAGCCCUAGCCAGAGAGGCGUGCCUAGCGAGAUGACCAUUCCCGAAGAAAGCGAUUCCGCACUGGCGGCGAUCGCUGCUCUCGGUGCUGCGGCUGCAGCCGGCGGCCUUGUUGCUGCUGGUCUGGCCCAUGGCGACAAGCAUGCUGGCGAUGUCGAGGCACCACUCUCCCCCACGACCGUGCUGCAUGAGGACAUCUCGCGGGAGCUGCCAGAGCAAGAUCCCUCUGCCGUCGAAGCUCCUGCCCAAGACGUGGACCUCGGUGAAGUCAAGGACGAGCAGCCUGAUGAGUGGUCCACGUUCACGCCGACCAAGAAGGGUAAAAAGGGAAAGAAGAACCGCAAAAGCCAGGCUUUCGAGUCCCCCGCCGAGUCGCGUGAUGCCACGGAGCCCUCGACGCCUGCCGAGCCCGCAGAGCAACAGGACCAGCCCUCUGAGACGCCGGCUGACGACUUCUUCGAGUCUAAGAAGUCAAAGAAGAACAAGAAGAAGAAGCGUCAAUCUCUCGCGUGGGAGCCUGAGUCUGAGGAGAGCCCGGCUGAGUCUCCUGCUCCUGCUACUGCAGACGAUGCGGUGACCAGGGAUCUUGAGGUGGUCGAUGUGUCGACUCCUGCCGAGUCUGCUGAGCUAGCAUUGCCAACUGAAGAGACAUCCCAGCAACCCUCGGAGCCUCCUGCUGACGACUUCUUCGAGACCAUGACGCCUAAGAAGGGCAAGAAGAAGAAGAAGGGGAAGCAGUUCAGUACGUGGGAUCCCGAUGAGCCCGCAGAGGACGCCAAAGACAAGGAGCUUGAGUCCGCCGCCGCAUCUGAGGAGCCGAAAGAUGUCGCAGAGCCUCGAGGAGCUGAAGUGGAGCCGCUGGCAGUCGCUGUUGACGAGGAGGCGACGAAGCCCACAGAUGAUCAGCCCGAGCCACAGCCUGAGCCCGAAGAUGUCGCAGCCGAGUUCACGAUGACCGGAGGUGGCAAGAAGAAAAAGAAGAAAGGCAAGAAGGCUGCUGCUUGGGACUGGGAUGAGCCUACAUCUGAGGACAAGGUCACUGAGCCGGUCACUGAAGGCGAGGUCGGUGUUGCCAAGGAAGUCACGGCACCGGAGGCAAUUUCAGAGAGUAUUGCCCAAGGUGUCCCAGAAGCUGCUCCAGAAGGAACGACUAUUCCAGAAGACGCUGCAACCGCUAAUAUCGAGCAAUCAAUCUCUGGCGACCUCGAGAUACAUCCAGAGACCAGUGUGAUGACUGGAGACUCCGCUACAGCCCGCCCAGAAGGCGAGAACAUACCACUAGACGAGCCUCAGGAGAAACAACUCGAGUCUGAAGACAACUUCGAAGAGUUCACAUUACCCGGAAGCAAGAAAAAAAAGAAGAAGGGCAAGAAGGCUGCAUCUUGGGAUUUCGACGAGCCUACAGUAGACGACAAGAUUACGGAGAGUCCAGUUGACCAGAGCACCGACACACCCAAGGACCUUCAGAUGUCGGACGAACUAGCUGAGGGUGCGUCCUCCCAGCCAGCGCUCGAGGAAGCACAGGAGCCUGUCCCAGAACCGGAGGAGACUUUCACUGAAUUCACCAUGCCUGGAAGCAAGAAGAAGAAGAAGAAAGGCAAGAAAGCAGCUACCUGGGAGUUUGACGAACCUGCAGACACCGAAGCUGUGCCAAAGACCGAGAUACUUUCUACAGUGCAGACGUCUGAGGAGAGCCAUCCUCUAGAGGGCGAACCUUCUCAAGAGCCUCGCGAUAUCACAGCAACAACUCAGCUUGACGACCAGCCAGGUCACGCACCUACUGGAGAACCUACCUUCCCCGCCGCUACUGAGGACGAUUUUGUUGCUCCUGCCAAGAAGGGAAAGAAAAAGAAGGGCAAGAACAAGUUUUCAUCGUGGGAACCCGAGCCUGAGCCCGAAGCUACAUCAACGCCUGUUGGAGACGAACCUACGGUUGAGACAGUCAGUGCGGCACAACCUGUUGCCGUGAUUGAACAAGAAACCCCGACGGAGACCCAAAGGGAUGUCGCCGAAGAGAUCAACACGGCUGAACUCGGUUCUGAACCCGCGCCUGAAGAGUCAGAGUGGGCACCUGCUUCUGACAAGAAGUCCAGGAAAAAGAAGAAGAGCAAGAAGACUCUAUCUUGGGCACUGCAAGAUGAGCCUUCUGAGCAAUCGACUCCCGUAUCUGAGGAGGAGGCUACCCAGAUCCCAGAAGACGCCACAGUGCUCCAGACUGUGGCGGCUGCUCCUGAAAACUUGCAAGAGAGCGGUGAGCUUGAUCGCGAUGCCAAGCCCCAGUCCACUGACAUGACCGGAGAUGCUUCGGAUCUGCCGGCUCAAGAAGCUCCGGUCGAGGCUCCUCUCGUGGAAGCUGACCCCUCGGUUCCUUCCGACUUGCUCGAGACUGCCACGGUCAAUCUGGCUGACGACAAAGACCAAGCACCCGAGACAUUGCCCGUCAGCAGCCACGCGACAGAUGCUGCUGUAAGUCGUCAGGCGCCGGUGGAUCUCGGGCUGAGUGGACCCCCGUUGGGCGACCAGGGUCCUCCCGAGCCAAGUGGACCUGGCACCGACAUGGAUAUUUUGCCGGAGGACAAAUCAGUGCAGGACACGCUGAGCCUAGAUGACACCGCUCUUCGUGUACCUGACGUCGCCGUCGCAGCGCAUGAGCCUGCCUCCACAGGAGCUGUUGCUGAGCCCCAGGAUGCUCAGACUACACCGCUGGAAUUGCAGCCCGAGCCGCCGGCUACCGAUGCGGCUGCAGAUAUCAAGCCAGAUCUUGCAACAGAGCCUCCCCAGGAUGAAAACGUGGACAAGUCUCGCGAUGCACCUGAGACUGUCCCGCCACCAGAGGCGGACGAGACCAUGGACUGGGAGCAAGAGUUCGGGAGCGGCAAAAAGAAGGGAAAGAAGGGCAAGAAGAACAAGAAUGCCUUUGACACCCCGCCUGAGCCCCAAGCCGUAGAGCGGAGCCUGCCUGAGCAAGAUCCUUUGGCCGAGAAGGACGCCGACCUUGCACAGAUCACGGAACCUUCUGCUGAUAUUGCGGAGCUUCGCGACGAGCAACAGCCCGUCGAGCCCAGUCCGGACGACUUCUGGUCGGAACCAGCCUCGGGAAAGAAGUCUAAGAAGAACAAGAAGAAGAACAAGGCUUCUAGUCAGACUUUCUUUGACGAUGCCGCGGCUGACACUACCAAGGCGUCGGAGGAGGGAUUCGAGGCAACAGUAAGACCUGAGACCACCACGAGCGGUGAUGUGACCCAGCUUCCUGAAAUCCAAGAGACCGCUCAGGCGCCAGUCGAAGUUGAGGAACCCUUGACUCUGCAAGAUGAGGUCGCACCAGCUCAAGAGGUCGAGGCCGAUGACUUCUGGUCAAUGCCCGCAAAGAAGAGCAAGAAGGGCAAGAAGAAGCGCCAGAGUGUCACUUUCGACGAACCCGAGGCUAGCGAGCCGCCUGUCGACUCUACACGGGACGUCAUAGAGACGCCUCCCGAGGAGCCCUCAACCCCUUCUCCCGGCCUCGAGACUGCCGAUACCGAGGGGCCCGCCUUGGAGUCAGUGGAGAGCGAGCAGCCCAUGGAGAGAGCAAGUCCCGAGGAGCUGUCUGGUAUCGACAAGACUGUUGAUGCGUCGGACCUUGUCGACAGCCGGUCUGGAGAGGACCUUCCCAAGGAUGUUGCGCUCGGCGAGAUUGUCUCCACAGGCCCGGCCUCCAUGGAACCCGCCCAAGAGCCUGCUGCACAAGCAGAGCCCGAGGAAGCUACAGCCGUGCCUGAGGACGAGUUUCCGGUCGUCGUCAAGAAAUCCAAGAAAGACAAAAAGAAGAAGCGCAAGUCCGUGUCUUUUGAAGAUGAUGUUCUCGAAUCCGGUAGUGCGGCGGAGAGCCCAGUUGCGGACUCGCCCUCCGCCGAGCAGAAUGAUGAUGGUUCUCCGCCUGAGGACACGGCCGACAAGGAGCUCGAGCCGACGGAGGUGGCCACGCUGGAGGCAGGAGAGGCUCAGCCAGCUGAUGAGUUUCCGGAGACCUUUCUCACGAAAAAGUCCAAGAAGGACAAGAAAAAGAAGAAGGCCAUCAGCUGGGAACCAGAACCCGAGAUUGCGGACUCUCCCAUCGACGACAGUGCUGAUGUCAAGUCUGUCGAGGCAACGGCCUCACAGCCGGAACCGAUCCAGGAAGAGCCGGCUGUCGAGCCACCACAGGAAGAUGAUACCGCAGGAUUCUUCAUGCCCCUCAAGAAAAGCAAAAAGGACAAGAAGAAGAAAAAGGCUGCCAUGUUUGAGCCAGAGCCAGAGCCAGAAGUCGAGGCUGAGACUGCACCCGCUGAGCCCGUGUCCGCUGAAGAGAGCGAACCACAACCCUCUCCAGUUCAAGAUAUCGCAAGCACACCUGCCCAGCCCUCUGGUGAGGCAGCCGACCUAUCUGGCCCUGCCGCCGAACCCGUCGCAAGUGACGAGUUUCCCGAGUUCGUGUCUCUCAAGAAAAGCAAGAAAGACAAGAAAAAGAAGAAGGCCGCCAUGUUUGAUCCCGAACCUGAACCCGAACCUGGAACCCCUCCCGCUUCCCAGCCUGAGACCGAAGAGCUGGGCGAUAAGGGGAUGACUGAUAUUGAGUCAUCCUCGGCACCUGUGUCAGAUGAAGCUGAGCCAUCUCUUGUUCCUAUGGAAGCCACUGAUAGCGAGUUUCCCGAGUUUGUGUCUCUCAAGAAGAGCAAGAAAGACAAGAAGAACAAGAAGGCGGCCAUGUUCGAGCCUGAGCCCGAGCCUGAGGUGCCUAGCGAAUCACCCGCUGAGGACAUCGUGCCUGAGGCGACAGCAGAGGGCGCUGUUCAAGACAAAUCUAUUCCCCUUUCCGAUCUUGAGGCCGCUCCGGCUGUGCUUGAUGCCUCCGGCUCUGGUGAAGUCGUUGGAGACGACGAGUUCCCCGAGUUUGUAUCCCUCAAGAAGAGCAAGAAGGACAAGAAAAAGAAGCGUCAGAGUCUUUCCUGGGACGAGCCGGAGCCUGAUGUUGAGCCUACUCAGUCCACAGGUGACAAUGACUUGGAGACACCAAUUAUAUCGGAGACCAAGGAGGUUGCUGAAAUUGUCGAGGCCCCGCUUGAGGACACCACUGUGCUGCAUAGCGAGUCACAGGCGCGUGAAGUCCUUGCGGACCCAGCCAUCCCAGACACACAAGUCCCUCGAGAGCUUUCAAUCGCGGAGGUGUCACCGGAAGAAGCUGAUACCCCGCCCGUCAUUAACAAGGAGGUUGAAGCUCCAGUGUCUGGCACCGAGGAGAACUUGGCUGCUCGCGAAGUCACAUCGCUUGAUGACCAGGCGACACAAGUAAUCCCACAACCAGAGACUAUUGAGGCUCUUACGCAGGAGCCGACCUCUCCAGCCCAGGAAACUGCGCCUGAAGCAGAUGUCCAACCCGAAGCCGAAAUGUCCGAACCUGCUGCCCCUGUGCCCGAUCAGCAAGGCGUCGCUGACGACACCGAGUUCUUCGUGACGAAGAAAUCCAAGAAGGACAAGAAAAAGAAGAGAGCAAGCCAACUCAGCCAAUUCGAGAGCGAGCCAAGCUCUGGUAUUGCCACCCCAGCAGAGGAGGUCACUGAAAGUCGCGAGCUGCCCAGUCUGGCCGCAACUGAAGAUUCUCAAUCCGCGGCCCCAAUCGAAGCUACCCCAGCGGCAGCGGACGACGAGUUCCAAUGGGCACCGACCAAGAAGUCAAAGAAAGACAAGAAGAAAGCCAAGAAGACGGCGCAAUUCUUUGAUGAACCCGAGCAGCCAGCCCAAGAGCCGCAGGAAACUGCUGAGGCGGCACAACUCCCUGCUGGCGACGAUGAGGUUCGUGAUACCGCGUCUGCGCUGGAGGAGGACAAGCUUGUGCAACCCGAAGAACCUGAAGCUCUGCCAAUUCAAGAGCCUCCGCCAGAAGAGCCGUUGGAGGCGGGCGAGGACGACUUCGCUCCCAUUCCUACCAAGAAGUCAAAGAAGGAGAAACGCAAGGCCAAGAAAUUAGCAUUCCUCGAUGACGAAGCCGAGUAUCCUGCUGAGCAGUCCACGGACCCCAACUUGGAAGACACACCUGCCAGUGAACCUAUCGUUGAUGAAAUUGCGGCCGACAAGUCGAUUGCGGAGGCAGGGCCUGGCGAAGUGGUACCCAGAGACAUUGCUGAGCCAAGCAGCGGAUUCGUUGAGCAACCUGAGCAAACGGAGCCGAACGAGGCAGGCGAAGACGAAUUCGCAUUCAUCCCGCCCAAGAAGUCCAAGAAAGACAAGAAGAAGGCAAAGAAGCUAGCACAAGCUAUCUCGGCCUUUGAGGAUGUGACAGACAGCCCUGUUGAGGUCACCACUGCCUCCGAACCUGCUCCUGAAGAGUCUCUGGAACAGCCACUCGACACAGUUGAGAAGGCUGUCGAGCCCGAGUUCGAACCCAAGGCUGAGAUGGCGAGCGAAGAUACUAAGCCUGCCGAGGAUGAGACCUCUGUGCCUCAGGAAGCAGAAGCAGAGUUUAUGCCUAUCGCCCGCAAGUUGUCGAAGAAAGAGAAGCGACAAGCCAAGAAAAACGCCUUUGCCUGGGACGAGCCUGAAUCUACUCCAAAUGACUCUGCAGCACCGCCCGAUGUACAAAAGCUGGAGGCCGAAGACACCCCUGUAGAGCAGGCAGGAGCCCCCAAAGAGCUUGAGCCCCUCGAGCCACAAGCACUUCCAUCCACGGAGGAAACUAUAGAGCCUCCUGUAGCUGAACCAGACCAGCCAGAGGAAUUCACAUUCUCCAGAAAGCUGUCCAAGAAAGAGAAAAAGCGCAAGUCUAAGCAGUCAACCUCCGAGCCAGCAUCGGGCACAGCCACGCCUGCUCAAGAAGAGACACCUAUCAUCCCAGUGGAAGAGGACAUUACCUUGGCGUCCUCUGCAGCCGAGACAUCUGGUAGCUUGGAACGCAGCAUUGAAGACGAGGACAAAGACGUCAAUGCCGCCGACGCCGACGAUAUCUGGGCCCUCCCGACUAAGAAGUCCAAGAAGGACAAGAAGCGCAAGGGAGGCAAGCAAGCGGAUUCUCAGCCGGUAUCUGGCACCGCUACUCCCGCCACGGAGGAGCCUUUCUCAACCGAAACCGACACCGACAAGGGCCCUGCCGUAUCUGAAGAGAAGGCCGAAGCGGAUGAGGCGGCAAAUGACUUUGGUGGCUUCAGCGUCAAGAAAUCUAAGAAGGACAAGAAGAAACGCAAGUCACUGAAGGCAGCUGAAUUUGAAGAGCCGUCCAGCCCUGCCCCGGCCGAACAAAACGAGGCCAGAGGCCUGGGUGACAUCGAUGAUGUUGCUGCUAUCGAGGGAACGGACGACUAUUUCAAGCCUCAAGAACACGGAGAUGCGCAGACGCCUACAGGCGACGGGCCCUUUGAAAAAGUCGAGAUCCACCCUGCCGUGUCUUCCAUGCUCGAUUCGACCCAAAAGACUGGCGAGCGUCCACUGUCAACCACGCCGCCGCCUGCCGCCUGGGGCCUGAUGACCAGGCAAGACUCGGACGUAUUCGAGAGAGAAGGGCAUAUCCCCAAGCUCCUUACCAACCAGAGUUACAGCCCCGUCUUCGAGUCUAGCCCCGAGGAGACAAAGACUUCGUUCGAGGGAGCUGCCGCGGACGAGACAAACAUCAAUCUGACACCGGCUCAGGAGAGCAGCAGCGUUCCUCACGAUCCUCCCUUUGAGCAACCCGCUGGUCCCGAGAAGAAAGUGAAGACCAAGGAACUUGAGGGAGACGCAGUCAAGGCUGUGGCUUUCGCCGAUGAAGUUGCACAAGGAGAAGCAUCUACUGUUAAGCCUGACACAUCGGAUCUUGGAGAACAUGACCAGACCGACAAGCACUUACCUUCUGACGGCAAUGGACCAACUGUUGAAGGAGAAGCCCAGCCAUCUGCUCGUGAGAUUGCCGCUUCGUUCCUUGAGGAACAGAGUCAUGCUCAAGAUGUUGCAUCAGCCGAAGAUAUCAUGGCUGAUGCACCACCCGCAGAGGACAUCUUCAGAGACAAGAAGCACAAGGAGGAAGAAAAGACUACUGCUCGCGAAAUUGCCGCUUCCUUCUUGGAAGACGAAAGCAGCAUUCGCCUCCCGGACGAGGGUGCUGACAAGCCCCUUGACAAACCUUCAGCCCGUGACAUCGCGGCUUCUUUCCUCGAAGGCUCGUCGAGCAAGAAGUCAGCCGAGAGCAAAGAGGCACCCUCACUUGAGAAAAAGAAGAGUUUCGGCGGCGAAGAGGCAGCCGCAGUGAUCAGCGGGGCUGCCGGGGGCGUCGCUCUGCUUGCACAGAAAUUCGGUGGCUCUAAGAAGACCAAGAAGGGCGGCAAGAAGAAGAUCGUGGACAAGCGGACAAACCAAGGAGAUGAUCUCUUUGACGAUGCCUCGCUGUGGGAGGGAGCGGAUCGGAAGCCUGUGGAGGGCUCGAGGAUGGAUCUGGAUUCGGCCGGCUUUUGGGAUGCACCUGGCGACGUAGCAGAGGCGGCAGAGGAGAGCAUGGAGAAAGCAGGCGGGGUGGAAGAUAAGGGGAUCGAGUCUUCUGAUGAGAAUGGGCGACGGGGUGGCACGGCGAUUCCCGGGGACGUGUGGGAGGACGACUACUUGGAGAGCCCGGUACUGGGGCGUGAUGAGGGGGAGCAGAGAAGACUUGGCAAAGAGUCUCGCGGCAAGAUGAGCACGUCGCGGGAGCCGACCCCCAAGGCUGAGGAGCAGGGACAACGAGCAGCGCUGCCUUCCCCUCCGCCAUCAAAGGAGGCUUCGGUCCAGCCCGAGGUCAUCGAAGAGCCCAUGACUACGCGGGCUCUCGACCUGGCGGCUGAAGAGGCUAUGGACAUCGACAAUAACGUGGUGAGGAGCAUCGAGCACGAUGAUGAUGUACGGUCACCCAGUUUCAGCAGCACUCGGGGCCUAGAGAUGAGCGACUUCCAUCGCUCUCUGGGCAGCCCGCUCCCGCCCGUCCUUGAGGAAGUGCACGAGGAUGAACACGAGGAGAAACAGUCAAGGGGGAGAGACCGCAGCAGAUACUUACAAGCAACGCCGGAUGCCAACCGCGACAGCGGGUACAUGGCCGAGUCUCCCGAGAUGAAGCACCCCAGCCAUUUCGACCCGGACAGCUACCGCGACAGCGGCGUCCACCUGCGCGAGUAUCCCGACUCGCCUCGGGCGCGCGACUUGCGGCGCUUCAGCCCAGAGCCCUCGCGGCUGUCGCACUCGAGCACAGAGGGCGCGGAGCUGCAUGCCACCACGCCCAGCCACCGCUUACACCGGUCCGACGACCGGCGCGCGGUGCGGAGAUCGCCCCUCGCGGAGGGCGACUACUUGAGCAGAGACAAGCCAGAGACGCCCAAACUCCGCGAGCCAGCGGCGCUGCCGCACACUCCAGAGCCGCAGAAACUGGACAGGUCGGGCAAGAAGCGAUCCAGCUACAAGGAGCUGGGCGGGCUGGCAGCAGCCGCGGGCGCGCCGCUCGCGGGCCACGGGGCGCCUCUCUCAUCGGCGGCCUCGUCGUCGGCGCACAGAAGCGUCUCGGACAACAUCCGGGAGAAGCGACAGUCUCCGGGCCCGGAAAUGCUGGGGCGGCGGUCGGCGUCCAACACGAGCAUCUCGCGGCUGCGGACUCCGGAGCCGCUGAAUUUGCGGCCUGAUUCCCCAGGCAGCAUGCGGUCGUGGUCAGGCACUCCGCCGCUGAGGCGGGUGGAUAAGCGGGUCAGCGGCGAUUUGCGAUCGCUGAGCCAACGCAGCGACCUGAGCACCACCACCGCCACCACCCAAAAAGAGGGUGGCGGGGGUGGCCCGCUCCAUCCCGGCCGCCCUGUCUCAGCGUCUCCAGCUCCGUCCACAGCGGCUUCAGCCGGCGCCAGUGCUGCUCUUGCCCUGGGUGCGGGAGCUGCUCUGACAGCAGCAGCGCUUUCUUCCUCAUCUUCCCCUCCUCACCACCAAAACAGCAGCAGCAAUAACAACACACCCACCCCCGUCGCCAAUGAGGGCCGUGUCCGCGCCAAGGACAUGACCGACGUCUAUGACGGCUAUGGCGAGGGCCGCAUCGGCUCACCGCGCUCACCGACUCGACCGCAUAGCAUGCGUCGCCGACAGAGCAUGCAGGUCCUCGAGCUCGAGUCCAGAGUCGAACAAUUGAUUGCCGAAAACCGCGCGCUCGCCGACGCCCGCGCCCAUGCCGAACACAGCCUCAGCCAGAAGUCGACCAGCGCUCUCGCCGAGCGCGACGACCAGAUCGAGGUCCUCAAGCGCUCCCUCGAGCUCCUGCAGAAGGAAGUCGCCCGGUUGACCGAGGUCAACGAGGGCCUGCAGAGCGCCAUCAACACCACCGCCGUCCAGCACAACGACCGCUACCGCCGGCUCGAGACGCAGCAUGCCGACACCAGCCGCGAGCUGGAACAGAUACGCGGCUCGCACGGCCAGCACACCCAGACGCUGCAGGAGAAGGAUGCCGAGAUCGCCGACCUGCGCGCGCAGCUCGAGGCCACAAAGGACCAGAUCCGCGACAUGCAGCGGCAGAUCCUGGCGUCCAAGUCGGGCGACAGCGCGGCCGACUACCUGACCAUCCACGACGUCGACUACUUCGACCACCGGUGCCAGCAGCUGUGCUCGCACGUGCAGCAGUGGGUGCUGCGCUUCUCCAAGUUCUCCGACAUGCGCGCGUGCCGCCUGACGAGCGAGAUCAACGACGAGAAGAUCAUCGACCGGCUCGACAACGCCGUGCUCGACGGCUCCGAUGUCGACACGUACCUCAACGACCGCGUGCGCCGGCGCGACAUCUUCAUGUCCAUGACCAUGACCAUGAUCUGGGAGUUUGUCUUCACGCGCUACCUCUUCGGCAUGGACCGCGAGCAGCGCCAGAAGCUCAAGUCGCUCGAGAAGCUGCUGCUCGAGGUCGGCCCCCCGCACGCCGUGCGCCAGUGGCGCGCCGUGACCCUGACGCUGCUGUCGCGCCGCGACGCCUUCCGCGACCAGCGCGACCAGGACACCGAGGCCGUCGUGCAGGCCGUCUUCCAGACGCUCAGCGUCAUCCUGCCGCCGCCCUCGAACCUCGAGGACCAGAUCCAGGCGCAGCUGCGCCGCGUCAUGCGCGAGGCCGUCGAGCUGUCGGUCGAGAUGCGCACCCAGCGCGCCGAGUACAUGAUGCUGCCGCCCCUGCAGCCCGAGUACGACGCCAACGGCGACCUGGCCGAGCAGGUGGCCUUCAACGCGUCGCUCAUGAACGAGCGGUCCUCCUCCGGGGCCGGGGGUGCCGGCGCCGGCGGCGCCGCCACCAACGAGGAGCUCGAGGCGCGCGCGGCCAUCGUGCGCGUCGUGCUGUUCCCGCUCGUCGUGCGCAAGGGCGACGACGCCGGCGUCGGCGACGACGAGAUCGUCGUGUGUCCCGCGCAGGUCCUCGUCGCCAAGCCGCACACGGCCGGCAAGCGGCCCGCUACCGCUGGGAGCAGUGGCGGCGGCGGUGGCCUGCACGCGUCGUCGGCCGCCGCCGACAAGAGGCUGUUCACGCCGAGCUCCGACGCCGGCGGGGCGAGCCUGUUCCGCUCCUCGGCCGCCAACGCGAGCAACGUGAGCAUGGCCGACGCGCCGUCGCCGCAGCCGCUGCCCGAGGCUGCGUACCUCGAGGGCGGGAUCUAG